GCGACUACUUGGCAAAAAAAUAAAUCUUACAUGUUAAGUUAAAUUAAUCAUUACAAUCCAAUCCGCUAUCGUUAUCUGGUAAUACAAAGAGCUAUUAGCUAUCAACUAUGAGCUGACAGCCAAAACGAGCCUAUAAAUUUGCAUGACAAGGUUGCAUUACAUUUCACACCAAGUAACAUGACUAAAUAUACAUUUGGGUUUUGUGUUUGGGGCCUAUCCCUCUUGCUUUCUUUUCAGUGCUUCUUUGCCUCAUCAAAUCUCACUAAGCUUUAUAUAACCUAUUUAGGGAGCCCUUCCAGUGCUGAUUCUUUACUAACGUCUGAGUAUCAUAUUCAGCUCCUUGCUACUGUAUUUGGGAGCAAUGAGGAAGCAGAGGAGUCCGUGGUGUAUCACUACAAGCAUGGCUUCUCUGGUUUUGCUGCAAUCCUGAAUGAAAGUCAGGCAAAUAUGUUAGCAAAUAGUGAGGGCGUUGUAUCUGUGUUCGAGAGCAAAGUCUCGCAAGUGCACACCACAAGAAGCUGGGAUUUUAUGGGUCUGACCCAUGACACUAGUAAUCAUCCUUACCAGAAUCGCUAUGGGGAUGAUGUAAUCGUCGGUGUCAUCGACACAGGCAUAUGGCCUGAAUCAGAUAGUUUCAAAGAGGAACCCGGGAUGGGACCCAUACCUAAUUCUUGGAGAGGAAAAUGCGUGGGGGGCCAAGAAUUCGACCCGAAAAGGGCGUGCAACAAGAAGCUGAUCGGGGCGCGAUACUACCUGGCGGGGUACGAGAGCGAGUACGGGAAGAUCAACGCGGACGGGAAUUUCACCGAGUACAGAUCGCCUCGGGGAUUCAGUGGGCACGGAACCCACACGGCCUCGACAGCGGUGGGGUCGAUAUCCGAUGGGGCGAGCUUUUUCGGGUUCGCGAGUGGGACGGCGCGAGGCGGGGCACCCAGGGCCAGGCUGGCGGUGUACAAGGCCUGCUGGACUAAGGACGGACAUUGCACUGAUGCUGACUUGCUUGCGGCUUUCCACGACGCCCUGCAUGAUGGGGUCCACGUCAUAUCGGUUUCCGCCGGGAGUCCGCCCCCUCUUAAUUCCUUCCACCAGUCAGUAACUGAUAUCGGCUCGUUUCACGCGAUGCAGAAAAGGGUGAGCGUGGUAUUCUCGGCGGGUAAUGAUGGGCCCGAGCCGAAUCUGGUGGCGAAUGUCAACCCAUGGAGCAUAUGUGUGGCCGCCUCCACGAUCGAUCGAAGCUUUCCCACAAAGAUUCGGAUGUGUUCAGAUACGGGGAACUCCGAGUAUCUGGGUGAUGGUCCGAUAGACAGCACCAUAACGGGACGGCUCGCUUAUGCUGAGGAUUAUUUCACUGAUGGGAACUGUGUUGGUGGUGACUGGAAUGGGAAUGAUGCCUCGGGCAAUAUACUGUUCUGUUUCCAUAUCCCCGGCUGGGUUCAGAUCCCAAAUUAUGUCAUAGCGUUCCAAGCCUCUCAAACCAAUGCAUCAGCAGUUAUUAUUGUCCGGUCAUCACCAACGAAUCAAGAGAUACUUGAUACUAUAAUCCCCACCAUAAGCAUAGACAUGAUACAAGGAAGAAGAUUAUUGCAACAGUAUCUCAAUUACAACAUGUCCAAGCUGACAAUCUUACCAAGUACAACAGCUUUCAGACGGAUAUCGGCGCCAGAAGUAUCGGAUUAUUCUUCUAGAGGUCCAAGCUCGAUGACCCCUAGCAUUCUUAAGCCCGAUAUUAGUGCACCUGGAACAAACAUAUUGGCCUCAGCGUCUCCAACACCCAAGCUUUCUGUAGGUCCUAAUGAUAGAUCCGUUUGGAAAUUCGACACGGGAACUUCAAUGGCUUGUCCUCACGUGUCCGGCAUUGUUGCCCUCCUCAAAUCAGCACAUCCAGACUGGUCCCCUGCUGCAAUUAGAUCCGCCAUUAUGACUACUGCUUCUAAUACAGACACAAAUGGCGAUGGCAUAUUAGCACAACUGACAACAAAGACUGCAAACUUCUUUGACAUUGGUGCUGGGCAUGUUAACCCGACCAAGGCAUUCGACCCUGGACUAGUCUAUGAUAUGAAAGCUCAGGAUUAUGUGUUUUUCCUAUGCAACAAUGGUUAUACUACCAAACAAAUACAUGCCAUUGCAGGCUGUCGACCACCCACCUUAUGCCCGAGAUGCGAUGAUCCGAGUCGCGUGCCUGAUUAUAACCUCAACUACCCAUCAAUCACCCUUCUAGACCUUAAAAACAGCACAACCGUCAAAAGAACUGUUCGCAACGUUGGACAAAAAAACCCCACCACAUACAACUUUAGCAUCGUUAAACCGAAUGGAGUUGAGGUUGUGGUUCGGCCCCCAACCCUCACAUUUUCAUCAUUGAAUCAAGAAAAGACUUAUUAUAUCACAUUAACGGCACUCAGAGAAUCUCGAGGGAGAUUUGAUUUCGGCUCCAUUACUUGGUGCGACGGGCUUCAUCAGGUCACCAGUCCACUGGUUGUUCAAAUUAACAAUAUGCCCGCUGAAUCUGAUUGAGUUCGGACAAGGUUUCUAUGUAGCACGGGCGUCUACCGUUAUAUUGCUUUGUGUCUCAAUAAAAUGGAUGUUAGGACAUUAUUAAUAAAUUUGGCAUUUCUCAAUAAGAUGGAUGUAAUGAUAUGAUAAUAAAAUAUAGCGUUUCUAAAUAAGAUUGAUAGAACAAUAUCAUCAAUUGAUGUUUAGUUUUAGUUAUCUAUAUAUAUCUAUCUAUAAAAAUAUGAAUGAUAUGGUAAAAAGUUGUAUGGACUAAAAUGUCAUUAUAUUUAUGAACUUUUAGUGGCCAAAGUGUAAUGCCAUUAAAUAUAUCAAAGUGAAAAGGACUUUACUAAAAAAAUAA